AUGGGUCUAGUGUCACAGUCCUAUCCUCGUCAUCAGGAAAGCCACGUAUUCACAGCGGCCGGUGGAAACAAGCGCAACCUGCCACGUCAAAAUCAAGUACACGUGGCAGAUUCCGUGCCAAAAGAUUCACUGCUUAGGCCGACUCUGAAGCAAACUGUAACCACAAGGCAAAACUUCAAAAUCUCAGCUCAAAAGAUGGAAAUUACUUACAGCUAUAGGCCAUGUUUCGAUCCCGUCUUCGAAUCAGUCAUUGAAAGACUACACCCUCCCAGGGUCUCUAUUGAUAACAUCACAUGCGAAGACUGCACGCUUGUAAAGGUUGAUAGCGCAAACAAGCAUGGCAUAUUGCUGGAGAUGGUCCAAGUCCUGACGGAUCUUGACCUCGUCAUUUCCAAAUCAUACAUUUCUUCUGAUGGUGGUUGGUUCAUGGAUGUGUUCCACGUGACGGACCAGCUCGGCAACAAAAUUACUGAAGAAAGCCUCAUAAAUUACAUCAAGCAGGCAAUGUGUGCAAAUAGGAGGGCUUCAAUGGAGGUCCAAGUCCAACCAUGUAUUGGAAGAGAGGUGCGACCACGGCACGUCUUACUAGAGCACACAGCCCUUGAGAUGACAGGAAGGGACCACCCAGGUCUGAUGUCCGAGAUAUCAGCAGUGCUGGCUGAGAUGGGAUGCCACGUGUCUGCUGCUGUGGCAUGGACCCACAACGCCCGAGUGGCAUGCAUCAUCUAUGUGGAAGAUGAAUCAAGAGGUGGGCCCAUCACCGACCCAUGUCGGGUGGCCCAUGUGCAGGCGCAGCUGGAGAAUGUGGUGGAGGCACACCACUGCAACGGAGAGCGGAGAAGCGUGAGGUUAGCCAACCCGGCUGCUGGCCAGACCCACACAGAGAGGCGGCUGCACCAACUGAUGGUGACGGAUAAAGAUUAUGAGGGAUGCCAUUGCUGUAAUGGCAACAAUGGUGAUCACAAAGUGCACAAGAACGGAAGGUGGCAUGAUAGGCAGAGGAGGGGGUGUGAUACUACGCAAGUGACAAUAGAGAACUGCGAAGAGAAGGGGUACUCCAUAGUUACCGUGAGAAGUAAAGAUCGGCCGAAAUUACUUUUUGAUACUGUGUGUACUCUGACGGACAUGCAGUACGUGGUGUUUCAUGCGGCCAUUAGCUCUAAGGGCUCUGCAGCUGUUCAGGAAUAUUAUAUACGGCACAAAGAUGGGUGCACCUUGAAUUCGGAGAGUGAGAGGUGUAGAGUCACCGAGUGCCUGAUUGCAGCCACAGAGAGAAGAGUUUCUCAUACUCACAACCGUGCACUUGAGCAGGGUCUGAGGCUGGAUGUCUGCACUCAAAACAGGUUAGGACUACUUUCAGACGUCACACGGGUUUUCCGAGAGAACGGGCUAUCCAUAACGAGGACUGAGAUUGGAACAAGUGGUGAGAGAGCAGUCGGCACAUUCUACGUCAAAGACGCUUCAGGGCACAAUUUGAACCCACAAACAGUGGAGGCUGUGAGACGAGAAAUUGGUGGCACUAUACUGGUGGUUAACGAAUCCUCUGUUUCAUCACCUCCAAAUUCAUCAAGCACAAGUAGAAGCAAUAGCGGUAAAGAAGAGAAUAGGCCAAGAUUUUCCCUAGGAAGCUUGUUGUGGUCGCAGCUUGAGUGGCUCUCGAGCAAUUUCAGACCCGUAAAAUCCUGA